AUGAUGUUGCGACUCCUCGCCUACACAUGGCACCUGACGCUGCUGGUGGCGAUCCAGCUUCUACUGUCGACACCUGUCCGAGGCCAAUUCUUCCAGCAGUUCUUCGGAGGCCAUGCAGGCGGCUCCAUGUUUGGACAACGAGAACAGGAACCACCUCCGUCCGGAGACGCCAGCUGGUUCGAGGCGAGAGUGGAUGCAGCACAGUGCACGCAAUAUCUGUGCCCUCGAACGCUAUCGUGCGUCGCCAAGCCCUCUCACUGCCCGUGCCCUUUCCCGCAACAGAUCCGCUGCUCGUACAAGGACACAAGCUCCAGCGCAAAGCAACAUGCCACGAAAGCAGGUGGCACUUUUGACGGCGUCGACGCCGCCCUUGACCUGGGCGGCACCUUUUGCGUCACUGCAGACAGCUGCCAUGACGUUGAACGCAUUCUACACGCCAAAGCAUAG